AUGGAAGAAUUUAAGAGCGAUAUGAAAUGUCUUAAUGAUGUUAUAUCAACGUUAUCACAAAAAGUGGAGCAAUUGAACAAUCAGAUAAAGAUAUCUGGCGGUCAUGCCAAAGUAUCAAAUCCGCUAAACGAAGUGUUCAAAGUGAAAAGCAUUGAUCGUUUGGAUCUUAAAAACCCCGAUGGAGGGUUUGACAAUAAAAAGGGAAAUAUUAUUAAAAAAAUAUACAAAAAUUCCAUUGAAGUUGCGUGUAAAAGCAUCCCACCCGUUGAGAAAGAUGGAACCGCUGAAUCGCAAAAACUUCAAACUGAAUUGGCGAUCCUUGAUUUGUUGGGGCAAUGCGAUUAUAUUAUUACUUUUUACGGCCUUUCUAUAAUAGGAGAGGAGACUGUUAUGAAAGAUUGUAAUGUUAAAGUUGUGAUGGAUUAUAUGACACAAGCAGCAAACGCGGGAAAUGCAACGGCAUUAUAUACCCUAGGUGAUAUUUAUUUAAAUGGUAAGUUGGGUGUGGAUGUAGACAAGGAGAAGGGAAUUGAGCUGAUCAAACUUGCCGCAUUGCAAGGUCAACCGAGCGCGAAUGAAGAUUUAAAAAGGCUCAACAUACCAAACACUUGA